UGACCCUGUGACGUGACCUCUGCUUCUCUAACGUGCGGCUGUGACGCAGGACGCUGCAGACACACACGCGGGACGUUCAGACGGUCCCCAUCAGCCCCCCUGGUCCAACAACCCUCCCCUCCUCUGCUCUCUGCUCUGUUUACUCCACUGAACUAACAACUGGAUGCUUUAGUUGAUCAGCAUCUAUUUACUCUACAAACACACUUUCCUCCGUCCACUGUCACCUCUGUCACCUCCGUCACCUCCGUCGGUCACCUGAGCACCAUGCGAGUACUUCUGGAGAGCAGCUGGAUGAGGUUCGGACCAGCAGGCAGAGGCUCGUACGACUGGGUGACAGGUCCACCUCCAACACAGGAGAAGCAGGGCCACAACUGGAAUGAGUUGGUCGAGGAUGGGAAGAUGGAGCUGGUGCUCUACGUGGUCGUCCCCGUGGCCUCUGUCCUCCUGCUGGCUCUCCUCGCCGGUCUGGUUUACCGCCGGUGUUCCCGCAGCAAACUGAGCCUGGCCAACAUCAUCGCUCUGGACCUGGAGGACGCAGAAGGCAGUGCCGAGUUCCUCUCCUCGCUGACCCGGAACGCAGAGCGCCACACCAGCACCAGCUCCGAUGGCUCGGACGGAGUCUUCGUCAUGGUUUACCUGCCUCCGCCCUACGAGGAGACGCUCACUAAGAUCACCCGCGCUGCCAGCCUCUCCAGCUCCAAGGAUGUGGAGUCAAUAAAGAUUGAAGACCUGGAGGCCAAGCUGUGUCCGGAGCUCAAGGCCAGCGGUAGAUUUGUGUGAAGAGGCGUGAACGCUGCUGUAAAAAGACAUUAUGACUCCAAUAUUUGGUGUUUUUAUAACUCUGUUGUCUGUGAACUCACUGUAUGUAAUAAUGUCUCAUCUCUGCAGCUCUACACAGCUUUUUAGCCUCUUUUAGCUCAUAGUUUUGGUUUUACAACACAUUUACUGUCUGGUUCAAUCCAACUGCUCUCAUUACAACCCAGUCAUCGGAAUAAUUGUUGACAUUUCUGCAAACCACAGAUACGUUGAAUCUAAAUUGCACCAUCCAUUGGCGGGAUGUUUCCAGCCUCUCCUAACCUCUCCUCUUGGCUCUGUGUAAACAGAUUUUCAGUGAAUAUUGGUUGCACCUCAGCAGAACCAAUGAUGUCUUCACAGUGUCUCUGAGGAGCAGAAUUUAAUGUUUUUAACAGGAUCUGGUUAGUGCAAACGCUUUAUUUUAAAUGACACAUGGAGAAAAGAGAGAUUCUGACACAAAUAUCAACAUUUUAAGCUUCAUUUUGGUCACUUUCAUAAGUUAUGAUCUGAUCAAAGACCAUCGGAACGUUGUAAUUCAGACAAUAAUGCCAGUUUUUAUAUUUUCUUUUGACAGUUAGCUGUGUAUUUUGAGUGACCAUUUAUAGAAAACAUAUUUUUCUAACCUGUGGCUGAAUAUUAACAUUUUAAGGAAGUCUUGAAGAAAAUAUGGAAGAAAUAUCAACAUUUUAAGCUUUGUUUUAGUCUCACAGAGUUCAUUCUGACUCUAAAGACUUUCAGAAAGUUCAAAUUCCGUUGAAAAUGCCUGUUUUUACAGUUUCUUUCUACAAUAAAUAGUGUUAUUUUUGGCAAUUACUUCAAGAAAAUGUGUUUUUAAUCCCAGUUCUGGGUCACCUCGGAUGGAAGACCAACUUGACCAACCAAAUGUUACAGAUUAACUGUGGUUUGCAGAAUUGUCCAAAGCUAACAUCUUUGCUGGCGACUGGUCCACUCAUUAACCUUGUUUCCAGUUGCUGUAACAAACCGUACACAACCUGCUCAACACCAAACAGCCGACAGACACAGUUAGAGACCAGCUGGUGAAGACGGGCAUUUUUCUCUGGAGUUGGAGACCAAACAAGAUCUGUAUGUUGGACAGAAACACGACUCCCAGUCCGGAUGAUAACGUCACUCUGAUCUGCUGGAUGUGUCUGUGUGUUUGCUUGUUUUGCCCUUUACUGUCCAAACAUCAAUAAAUGCACUUUGAAAGAA